AAGCUAAUCCUAGGUGGUAUGUUCAAGUAGAUUGGAUCCCUUACACUAAUCACUAUGAGAUAGCAUUGUUGCUUUUUUUGGUGGUUGAUAGUUAUUUAUCUUCUCAGUUGAUGGCUCAAGCACUAACAGAUGAUGAAACAAAAGAAGCACAUAUCUGGAUACUACAGCAAAUUAAAAAUGCAACAAAUAGUUCUAUUCCUCAAGUUAUCUUUAUUAACACCGAUCCCACCUUAGUCACUACAAUACAAGAUGAAUUCCCAAAUACAAAUGCUCUUCAUUAUAUAUUUCAUAUUGCGCAAAAUAUUCCUCUCAAUUUGAAAAAUCACCUUAAAGAUAAUUAUGAAGAAUUUGUUAGAGAUUUCUUUGAA